CAAAGUCACAUGCUAGUAAGAAGGAAAGCCACAUUUUUCCACCCACAAAACUUUCCUUAGUUCUUGAUAUCUGAAAACGUAUUACUGUUUGUGGGCAGGAAGCGGGCAGAGCUGAUUAAGACUCUACUGCUUUCAAGGAGAUUACAAUCUUCAGAAGGAAUAGCAAAUGCGAUUUUUACCUGAUAGAUAUCUUGAAUCAGUUGGUAAUGGCUGCCUGCCUGACCGCUGCAUCCCGGCUCUGCGGAGAAAGGAUGCCAGGAUUGAUUAGUAAUGCCUGCUGAGGGAUUCCAAGUGAGGAACUAUUUGCUGUGCGUUUGGAACUCGAAACACCAAAGGAGAGCUGCCAACAGCAACAGGGGCGACAUACUUCCUUGUUCCCAUCCAUGGAGCUAGAAAAAAGCAUCUCCCCUCCAACUCUGGACUGGCAUCACAGAGAGAGAAAGGAGCACUUGUUGGCUUUGACCUCUCCGAUACGGUGUCCGAGCAGAGGGAAAGCACGAUUCCUUCACGAUGCCAUCAGCGAAGAAACACAGGAGAAAAGACCUCCAAAGUCCCCAGGAACCUUCAGAAAAGACCAAAGAGCAGCUGCUCGAGGUGGAGCUUCGGAAGCUGAGACAGCAGUUCCGGAAAAUGGUGGACAGUCGGAAGUCCUUUAACUUCCAAUCCCAGCAGAAGAUCACGAACCAGCACAAGGAAAUCAAGACCCUGCAGGAGGAGCAGGAUGAGAUCACCCUGCUUUUAAAUCUCAUCAAGUCCUCCAGGAACUUGGAUCUGAAUGAGAAAAACUACGUGGAGCUGCGUUUCUUGCUGCAAACCAAGGAGGACUACGAGGCUCUGAUUAAAUCCCUGAAACUGCUGUUGGCUGAUCUGGAUGAGAAGAUUGUUCAGAUGGAAAAAAAAAUUGUUAACCAAAGACAGAUCUUCACAAAAAUACAGGAGGCCAACAACCCCCAGAAACUGCAAAAACAGAUUCACAUUUUGGAAACACGUUUGAAUCUCGUCACUGUACACUUUGACAAGAUGCUGACUGCCAAUGCUAAGCUCCGGAAGGAGAUUGAAGACCUGCGGUAUGAGAAGGCUGCAUAUGACAACGUCUACCAGCAGCUUCACCACCGUCUUCUGAUGCAGAAGAAAACAAUGAACACAGCCAUUGAGCAGUCUGCGCAGGCAUAUGAGCAGAGGCUGGAAGCCAUGGCCCGAAUGGCUGCCAUGAAGGACCGGCAGCAGAAGGACAUCUCUCAGUACAACCUGGAGAUCCGAGAGCUGGAACGCGUCUAUGCUCAUGAAACCAAACUCAAGUCCUUCCUGCUCGUCAAGCUAAAUGAUCGCUUGGAGUUUGAGGAGCAGGCCAAAAAGGAAGAAGCUCUCAAGUCAAAGAAGCACAGGAAGAAGAACAAGGGUGAGAGUUUUGAGAGCUACGAAGUGGCUCAUCUCCGGCUGCUGAAGCUGAUUGAGAAUGGGAACCUGAAUCAGCUCAUUGAAGAGUUUCUGGCCAAGGAGGAGAAGAACUUCGCUCGGUUCACGUAUGUGACGGAGCUCAACAAUGACAUGGAGACCAUGCACAAGAAGACCGAGAGAAUCCAGAAUGAAAUCAUGCACUUGCGAUCCCAGCAGAAAUCGGUCCAUGAUGACAACGACUCCGCCCUGAGACAGCUGGAGGAGAAACUAAAGAAGACCACGGAAGAGGCAGAUAUGUACGAGAACAAUCACAGGGAGAUCAGCAAGACCUUGGAGUAUCUCAAGAAUGCUGUGGAGAACCUGUUUAAGAAGAUACAUUGUGAUGCCACCAAGAUCCUGGUGCAGUUAGGGGAGACAGGGAAGGUUACAGAUACCAACCUCCUGCAGUACUUUGCCAUCAUUGAAAAAAAGACCAACGACCUACUGCUGUUAGAAUCCUACAAGCGGAUCAUGGAUAUGGAAGUGGCAGAGGCGGAGGUCCCGCCACCCUUCAUCAACCCCUUCUGGGGCGGCUCUGCCCUCCUCAAGCCUGCAGAACUCGUCAAGGUCACGCCCCCAGUGCUCGGGGCUGAACCCCUUAGCGACAAGCUGGACGAAGUGGACCAGCCCCUGGACCACAGCAGCCUUCGGCAGCUGGUGCUCAGCCAUUACACGGCGAGAGAGUAUCGAAAUAGGGAUUUACAACUGGACGGCACAUCUGAAAAGGGGGAAGAUCUGAGGUCCAAGAAGAAGUUAAUGGUCUGAGGGAGAUGUGGCCACGUUUGUACCAUAACCGGAGAGAGUAAAUGUUUUUUUCCAUAACCCCAGUGCCUCGUCAUACUCAUUUCUAAGAGACUGGGGUGCUGGAGGGGGCACAGGGCAGAGGGGCAGGAGGGACAAGUCCCAAAGUCAGUGGAGGGGGCAGGAAUGGUGUGAGGUCACCAUGGCUCCCGUGGGAGUCACAAUAUUGAUCUUCAUGCCCUAGAACCACGUCGGGUACAGCAGAUACUCACAGGUGGGAAUGGGGAGCCCCGGAGGCCCUGCGUCUAUAUUCGCGUGUGUGUUUCAUGGAUGAAUGUGUCACUAUAGAGCUGUGUCCAGGGUGUCUUGCCCUGAAACACAAACUCUGCCUGAGUGCCCUGGGCCAGGGCCUAUCCCAGCCUGGUUGUGUCUCUGUGGGAGCCCCAGGUCACAGGUUCUGGAUGUGAGGGACGUGGGUCAUUGCAGGGUGAGGAUCAUAACGGGUCAUUUGGGUGGGGGGGGCUCAGAUUGCCGUUGGGUUUGAAAGGGGCCCGAUUUCCCAGCAGCCCAGGGUGAUGUCAUUGGUUGCACUGAUGGAGUUGAUUUCCGUGCUCCUGCAGAGGUUCCGUUGUUAUUCUUGAGCCUUGAAGACUUGCUUCAGUUCUGGCUCCUCCAGUUACCUGGACCCCCUCAUUCCCUCUUGGGUGACCCCAGCUGCCACUCCCACUGCCAGGUUCAACUCUUUGUUUCCAUCGCAUCAGUCGCUUUAGCUGUGUCCUGGGUUCUUGGGAUUCUCUUGAAAUCUUAGAGCCUGAUGUCCAUUUCGCUUUCUCCCUAAAAGGCAUCUGGAUUUUCCUUUGGGAAAUGGCCCCUCCCACCCUCAGACCACGUGGUUUGGGAGGAGCGGAUUUCAACCCCAGUAUGAGGGUUAAUCACAUGACCAAGUCUGCCAGUCAGAGCACUGCAUCUGUUUCAGGGUUGGUUCAAGUAUCUCACAGGCCCUGUUCUGGGAUUUGUGUGGAGCUGGGAGAGAGGGGUGCCCUCUUUCCACUAGGAUUGCCAAGAACUACCAGUAAACCAUUCUGCCACCACUCAUAGUAGGGCAACAUGAAAGAAAGGAGAGCAGUAGAGAGGCCUUCUCAAGUUCCGAUGAUACUGUUCGAGCUCCUAAAUACAGCUAUUCCUGAAGCCCUUGGAUUUCUCAGUUGUGUGAACCUGUUGGUCUCCUAAGUUGGGAUUCUUACAGCCAAAGUAGACCUCAGUGUUUCAGUAAUGACUUUGGUCCCUCGAAAUUAAGCAUCAACUCACACCUAGGUCUCAUUCCUAGACCCCAGGCAGGGUCAGAAAUCAGUAUCUAUGUGUGUCUCUGUCCCUCCCCCAGUUGGCCAGGAGAGAAAUACAGACAACUUCUGUUUGAUCUAAAAAUAGAAAUUAACCUCUUACAAUUAAUGGAUGUGAUCUUUUGGCUAAAUGAGCCAUAUUCUUGUCAAGCAUGUGAGGUCUCAUCAUGGGGUCUUUCUAAUUAUGGCUAUGGGAGAAACUACCCAGUGGCAUCCGAAAGGGACGGAUGUCAUGGAAGCUAGGCUCUACCAAUGCUUGAACUCUGUUGGAAGAAAGGGCUGUGGUCUUCUAGUUAAUUUUCUUUAUUUCUUUUUACGGCUGCAUCUCCAGCAUAUGGAAGUUCCUGGGCCAAGGGUUGAAUCGGA